GCCAAGCAGGCCAGCCAGGUGCGCCUGCCACCAUGCAGGAUAGUAACUUCCUGCUGUCUGCCCUGCAGCCCGAGGCCGGUGUGUGUUCCCUGGCCCUGCCCUCCGACCUGCAGCUGGACCGCCGGGGUGCUGAGGGGCCUGAGGUGGAGCGGCUGAGGGCAGCCCGAGUCCAGGAGCAGGUCCGAGCCCGCCUCCUGCAGCUGGGCCAGCAGCCGAAGCACAACCACAAUGGGGCAGCCGAGUCCGAGGGCUUCGCCGAGGUCGCCCGAGGUCCGUCCAGGAGCCAGGACCCCACCCCGCAGGCCGGCUUCAGCUCCCGCUCUCAGGGUUUGAGUGGCCACAAGCCCGCGACCUUCAGGCCCAUCGCCAAGCCGGCCUACAGCCCAGCCUCCUGGUCCUCCCGCUCGGCUGUGGACCUGAGCUGCGGGCGGAGGCUGAGCUCUGCCCACAACGGGGGCGGGGCCUUCGGGGCUGCGGGGUACGGGGGCAUCCAGCCCGGCCCGCCCAUGGCUGUGCGGCCGGUGUCCUUCCACGAGCGCGGUGGGGCCGGCGGCCGGGCUGACUACGACACGCUGUCCCUGCGCUCACUGCGGCUGGGCCCCGGCGCGCUGGACGACCGCUACAGCGUGGUGUCGGAGCAGCUGGAGCCCGCGGCCCCCUCCACCUACCGCGCCUUCGCCUACGAGCGCCAGGCCAGCUGCGGCUCGAGCAGGGCCACCCGCCGCCCCUCAGGGGGACUGUCCACCCCGCAGGCCACCUGCUGCCCCUCGGGGGGACUGUCCACCCCGCUGGCCACCCGCCGCCCCUCGGGGGGACUGACCACCCCGCUGGCCACCCACUGCCCUUCAGCCCGCAGCCUGCAGGCGGUGCCCAGGCUGGUGAAGCUCUUCAACCAUGCCAACCAGGAGGUGCAGCGCCACGCCACGGGGGCCAUGCGCAACCUUAUCUACGACAACGCAGAGAACAAACUGGCCCUGGUGGAGGAGAACGGCAUCUUCGAGCUGCUGCGGACGCUCCGCGAGCAAGAUGACGAGCUGCGCAAGAAUGUCACAGGAAUCCUAUGGAACUUGUCAUCCAGUGACCACCUAAAGGACCGCCUGGCCAGAGACACGCUGGAGCAGCUCACAGAUCUGGUGCUGAGCCCCCUGUCAGGGGCCGGGGGGCCCCCCCUCAUCCAACAGAACGCCUCCGAGGCCGAGAUCUUCUACAACGCUACCGGUUUCCUCAGGAACCUCAGCUCGGCCUCCCAGGCCACACGGCAAAAGAUGCGCGAGUGCCACGGGCUGGUGGACGCUCUGGUCGCCUACAUCAACCACGCCCUGGACGUGGGCAAAUGCGAGGACAAGAGCGUGGAGAACGCCGUGUGCGUGCUGCGGAACCUCUCGUACCGCCUGUAUGACGAGAUGCCGCCCUCGGCCCUGCAGCGGCUGGAGGGCCGGGGCCGCGGGGCCCUCGCAGCAGAGCGCCCUGGAGAAGUGGUGGGCUGCUUCACACCUCAGAGCCGGCGGAUGCGUGAGCUGCCCCUCACAACCGAUGCGCUCACCUUUGCCGAAGUGUCCAAAGACCCCAAGGGCCUGGAGUGGCUGUGGAGCCCCCAGGUGGUGGGGCUGUACAGCAGGCUGCUGCAGCGCUGUGAGCUGAACCGGCACACCACAGAAGCGGCCGCAGGGGCGCUGCAGAACAUCACUGCCGGCGACCGCAGGUGGGCGGGUGUGCUGAGCCGCCUGGCCCUGGAGCAGGAGCGCAUCCUGAACCCCCUUCUGGACCGGGUACGGACUGCUGACCAUCACCAGCUGCGCUCGCUCACAGGCCUCAUCCGAAACCUGUCUCGCAACGCCAGGAACAAGGAUGAGAUGUCCACCAAGGUGGUGAGCCACCUGAUCGAGAAGCUUCCGGGCAGUGUGGGUGAGAAGUAUCCUCCAGCCGAGGUGCUGGUCAACAUCAUAGCCGUGCUCAACAACCUGGUGGUGGCCAGUCCCAUCGCCGCCCGCGACCUGCUCUACUUUGAUGGUCUCCGAAAACUCGUCUUCAUCAAGAAGAAGCGAGACAGCCCUGACAGUGAGAAGUCCUCCCGGGCAGCCUCCAGCCUCUUGGCCAACCUGUGGCAGUACAGCAAACUCCAUCGAGACUUCCGGGCAGUACGUGCUGCAGGGCUCAAGCCUCAGGGCCUGUGGGACAGGGCACGGGAAGUCUAG